AAGAGUGAAGCACUCUGUCUUCUAAUUCUAAGAGAUUUUGGUGACGACAGUGGAAGGAAGUAAAAAUGGCUUCUUGUGUUGUGAUGACAAGCAGUUUCUGUACUAUUUCAGAUUCUAGAAUACGUCUGAAAUCCUCCAGGCUUGUCCAUCUGAGUAAUCAGCAGAGAAGACGCUCUCUUGGGUCUCGAGGUGGUUUAAAGGUGGAAGCUUACUACGGUCUAAAGACACCUCCUUAUCCACUUGAUGCUUUGGAACCGUAUAUGAGUCGAAGAACACUGGAAGUGCAUUGGGGUAAACACCAUCGAGGUUAUGUGGAAAAUCUAAAUAAACAGUUAGGGAAAGAUGAUAGACUCUAUGGAUACACCAUGGAAGAGCUUAUCAAGGCGACAUACAACAAUGGGAAUCCUUUGCCCGAGUUCAACAACGCUGCACAGGUCUACAACCAUGAUUUCUUCUGGGAGUCGAUGCAACCUGGUGGUGGAGACAUGCCUCAAAAGGGUGUUCUUGAGCAGAUUGAGAAAGAUUUCGGUUCUUUCACAAAUUUCAGAGAAAAAUUCACAAAUUCAGCUCUUACACAGUUUGGUUCCGGCUGGGUGUGGCUCGUCUUGAAGAGGGAAGAGAGAAGACUCGAGGUGGUCAAGACCUCAAACGCCAUUAACCCGCUCGUGUGGGACGAUAUUCCAAUCAUCAGCUUGGAUGUGUGGGAGCACUCUUAUUAUCUGGACUACAAGAACGAGAGGGCUAAGUAUAUAAACACAUUUCUAAACCACUUGGUGUCGUGGAACGCUGCUAUGAGUCGGAUGGCUCGUGCAGAGGCGUUUGUGAAUCUUGGUGAACCCAACAUCCCGAUUGCGUAAGCUAAAAAAUCUUUUUUGAGAGUCCAUGUUAUAGCAGAAAACAACUCCUUGGCAGGUCUCAUUUUUGCAACAGAGGUCUCAAGACUCUCUCAACCAACAAAUAAGAGCUUUCUCAUGUGACCGAUCUUUUUUUGUUCUGUGUAACUCAGCAGUAGUUUUUCUCUUCUUUUGCCUUUGAGAGAAUCUAAUACAUAUGCCAUAGACUGUUUUCUUUAUUUAUUUAGUAACAAUUAUAUUUUGUUUGUGUUUUUUUUCUUUAACGACUAAGUUAAAAGUGAUAGCAGUUACCCUUUA